AUGAUCCGCAGUGAAACCCCCGCCAGAGACACGCCUCCACCGCUGGGUAGAAUCGGAAUAGUUUUCACCGAUGUUGUCAAAUCGACAAAUAUCUGGGAGAAAGACCCAAAGGCCAUGAUCGAGGCCAUGAAACUGCACGACGACAUGAUCAGAGGCCUCACUGUCGCGAACGAAGGCUACGAGGUCAAGCAAAACGGCGACGGCUUCAUGAUUGCCUUCCCUACCGCCACCUCGGCGGUACAGUUCUGCCUCGACGUGCAGGAAAAACUCCUGGACGAGCACUGGCCGAAUGAAAUCCUAAAGCUGCCGCCUGGCCAAGAGACCAAGGACUCUGAAGGUCAUGUUCUCUUCCGCGGCUUGCAAUUGAGGACGAGUGCGCACUGGGGAGAGCCCGUGAACAAAUGGAACGAAGUGAUCCAACGGAUGGACUACCUAGGGCCAGUGGUCAACCGCGCCGCCCGAUUCAUUCAAGUCACAGAGGGCGGCCAGAUCGUGGUAUCUGAAGAAUUCCUUCUUCAACUGCAGAGCGAGAUGGAAAUGGCCAGGCGGCAGACAGAGGCGCAGGAAGAGAUCCAUACCGCUGACAGAGGGACCGACGGGCAUCCCUCCCACGAAAGAAACGCGCCGGCAGCGGCUUCUCUGGACCUUCGCAGCCUGCGUUCUCAGCGAGAACAGAAGAAACUCACGCACCAGCAAUUCGAGAUCCGGCCGCUGGGAGACUACGAGUUCCAGGGACUAGAAGACCCGCACAAACUGUACUUCAUUGUACCCUGCUCGCUUGAAGGGCGCGUGGAUCACUGGCAUCAAGUCGCCCAUGUGACGGGUGUGAAGGGCAAUGUUCGCUCAUCGUAA